AGGAUUACGUCACUUUGGGCGAGAGUUGAAAUUCAGUGCACGAAAACAAAACCUAUACCCAAGAGCUCCGAACCUGGGCUCCUACCCUUAAACCCUUCAACAGUAUGCUAUAUAGAUAAGGUUUUUCAACUCCUUUUCCGUCGGCUAACAAGAAGCCUUCUGCUAGGAAAUAUAUAUGGCUUACAAACUAAAUUCUCCUGCUGUGUAUGGGCUCGAGGGAAUUAAGAAUUGGCCGUUAUGCAAUAGGCCAGGUAGUUGCAUGUUGAGUCUCAAAAAAAGUGGAACGUGCCGAGUUAGUCCGACAGUUCAGUGCAUUAUGAACAUGGUCAAUGGACAGUCGGAUGAACCUGGGAAAUUACAAUUUGGAUAUAUAAUGGACAAGUCAAGAAAAUUGUGGGAUAAUGCUCCUCAGCCAGUCAAGAGCUUCCCCUGGAAGAAGGCAUCAGGAAAUUUCAUUCAACUCAUUCUCGACCUUGUCUUGGCAGUAAUUAAGUACUUAUCUCUACCUGUAUUCACAAUUACAUCCAUUAGUGAGAUGUCUUAUUGUGCACAUGAAAAGAAGCUAUUCCUCGUUCCACUUCCAUUUCUGGUUGGUGUCGCUGUAGCUGGGGUCUUAAGAGAAGCAGCCAUUGCCUCAUCUCCAUCUCUCAAGAAUGCAGAAGUCCCCUGGCAUCUGGUUGCCAUUGCACUAUUCUUCACCUUGCUUAAAUUGCCCGGCCCAUAUUACCCGUAUUGGGGGCGUAUAUUCAUUCCACACUUUGCAAAUGGUGGAUUGUCGAGGAUUUUAUGGUUUGCAUUUCUAUUGUACAGAAAGCCUGGAAAGUCAUCAUCAACAACAGCACCUGAUUACUGAGUGCACGGUCAAUAAAUUAGGCCCUAAUGUUGAAAUAUUUAAACAGUGUGUAGGUAGGAGAGGUUGCUGGAUCACGAAACUAAGCUAUUUUCGAGAUGCAUAUAUCCAUCAGGUUUAUCUACAUCUUCAGAAUUCUUUAGGAAGCGAUAAAAGUAGUUCAUCCCUCUGGUCGGCCAGCAAGCAAGAAGGUUUUAGCUUGAAGAUAUUGAUGGUUUACUGUAUUGGAUGUCUAAAAGAGAAGAUGAUAACGAAUUUUAGCAGGUAGGGAAGUGCACAUUAGAAAUUUGUUUUUCCAUGUAAUGCUUUAUAUUCAUUUUUAGUUGUCGUUUUUCUGGUAAAUUUUCUUUCACUUUUGACCA